GACACGAAGGCCAACGAUUGCUAUUCCGCGCUCUUGAAGCUGCAACAAGAUGGGGCAUCCGGAUUUUCAGCGCAAGCGCUGCUGGAUUUGCAGAAGGAAGUCAGCGAGACCCUGCUGACAGCUACAUUAGCGAAAGUAACUCAGGAGCAUGAGGGAAGAAAAGGCGUCGAGGCCGAGCUUACAGACUUACGCGCUCAAUUGGUGAGGAAUGAAUCAAAGCUCGAAAACACAUCUGCUGAACUAAGAAAGGAGAGACUUGCAAGGGCAGCCGCUGAGUCCAAGCUUGAAGACGCAUUGGCCAAACUGGAGAGGGAGAAAGUUGAGAAAGAUGCCGCCGAUUCCGCGCUCAAAGAUCUGAGCGCAGAUCUAGCCCAGAAACGACUUGACAUUUCAGCCGCUCAGUCCAAGCUGAAUGACACGCUUGCCGAGCUGGAGAUGGAAAGGGAGCAAAGACAAGCUGCCGAGAAGCGGCUUUCUGACUUGCAGGUGCAGAAGCACGCUGCUCAUCAUGGUGCAUGCUGGCAGUACGAGAUGGACGGCCAUUGGCACCCAUUUUCACCAGAAGGAAACGCUCAGAUGCAUCACGCUUAUUUGACAUACAUUCAGCACAUGCAAUGCUUCACCGCAAAGAUUGUCGCCGGGGGAGUUGAACGUGUAGUGGACUUUAAGGCCAUGACUCAGACGCAUGUAACCACCUGGAAAAAACGAAACAUUCGUAUUGUUGCCGGUGUUCCUCCACAGUGGGUGAGUACCCCAGCCGCUUUGCUGACACAGCGUGACAAUCUGGCAACCUUUUACGUUGAGGUUCAGGAUGCAGGGGUCAUCGAGUGGGCCAACCGCAUUCUUCGAUCGACAGGUCACGCAUCGGAUGCAGCGACCAUUUGUUCCCACAUGAAGAAGGCCACCAUCAAGUCUGUCCAUCGAAUUGAGAACUUUCAGCUUUGGCAUCGAUACCAAGCAAGGCUAGCUGCCAUGAGAGAAGACCAGGCAAAGUACAAUGUUUCUGUAUGGCCUGCAGAUCUUGAUCUUGAUGGCGUUGAGGGCACCAUGGGACUUUGCCAGUCCCAUUUCGACUGCGGAGAGCCAUUGGCUGGCGAUGUGGAUGAGAAGAUUUUGCUGCAUGGGACGUCUUGGCAAAAUGCUAAUUCCAUCGUCAUGCAUGGUUUCGAUCAUCGCACCUGUACGCGUGGAAUGUAUGGGGAUGGGGUUUACUUUGCCAGUGCUGCGUGCAAGAGUCAUCAGUACUCUUGCGGGAUCCACACGGGCAAGACCUCCUGUACUUGUAAAUGUGAGAGGACUUUGAUCAUUGCCCGCGUUGCGCUGGGUGAUGCUUACUAUGCGUCUAGCACCCAGUAUGGCACAAGGAAGCCUCCAAACAGAACUGGCAAAUCUGGCACGCAUGGCUCUAUCACAGUCAGGCCUGGGCCCAUAAGUGGACACCACGGCCCGAACCAGCUUCAAGUUCACCAGGAGUUUGUGGUGUUCGAUCGCGAGCAGGCAUACCCAGCAUUUGUUGUGCAGACCAGUCACUCAAAGGCCCAGCAACCUAGCAAAGCGCACGUGUUUGACAUCCGGGCACUUUUUGAGGCGAAGCAAGACGCUCGAGCCUACUGGCAAUCCUUCGACACUUCGACACCGCAUUGCACAGAAGAGACAGACUGGGUCAAGUACGCAGAUCCUGACGAGGGCCAAUUCUGGUUCCACAACAGCAAGACUGAUGAGUGCUUUCUCGAGGAGAAUGCUGCAGCGAGUGGCUGGGAACGAAGGGUGGACCCUGGCGUGAUGACCCCGAACGAAAGCAGCGGAGCACAGUCGGAAAGGAUUGCCGAGCAGAAGCAGGAAGAGGAGAUGCGGCAGCAGCAGGACACGAAGGUCAAAGACUUUUCUGCGGCACUCUUGGACCUGCAACAACAAGAGUCGCCGAGCUUUUCAGCAGUGUUGGAGUUGCAGAAAGCCGUCAGUGAGACCCUGCUCAAAGUCACGAGCGCGACGGUCGCACAGGAGCAGGAAGGAAGAAAGGCAAUCAAGGCCCAGCUUGAAGACGUACGCGCUCAGUUGGAAAAGGAGAAAGUUGCCAGAGAAGCCGUGGAGUCAAAGCUUAAAGACGCCCUUGUUGAGUUGGAAAAUGAGCGGCUUGAGAAGGAGGCCGCUGAGUGCAAGCUCGAGCACAGUCUCGCCAAACUGGAGAAGGAGGCUCUUGAAAGGGAUUCCAAGCUCAAUGACACGCUUGCCGAGUUGGGGAGGGAACGGGAGCAGCGAGAAGCUGCCGAGAAGCGGCUUUCUGACAUGGAGGUGCAGAAGCACAAUGCGCAUCAUGGUGCAUGCUGGCAGUAUGACAUGGACGGCCACUGGCAUGCAUUCCCACCAGAGGGGAACGAUCAGAUGCAUCAGGCUUAUCUGGCAUACAUCAAGGACGGGCGAUGCUUCUCCGCAAAGAUUGUCGCUGGCGGAGUUGAGCGUGUAGUUGACUUUAAGGCCAUGACCCAGAUGCAUAAGUCCACCUGGAAAGUUCGGAAAGUUCGCAUUGUUGCAGGUGUUCCUCCACAAUGGGCAAGUACCCCGGCAGCUCUGUUGACACAGCGUGACGAUCUGUCUUCCUUCUAUGUUGAGGUUACGGAUGCACGGGUGCAUGAGUGGGUCAGUCGCAUUCUGCGAUCGACGGGUCAUGCAUGGGAUGUAUCGACCGUUUGCUCCCACAUGAAGAAAGCCACCAUCAAGUCUGUGCAUCGAAUUGAGAACUUUCAGCUUUGGCACCGAUACCAAGCAAGGCUAACUGCCAUGAGAGAAGAUCAGGCAAAAUACAAUGUUUCUGUACGGCCGGCCCCUGUUGAUCUUGAUGGCAUUGAAGGCACAAUGGGUCUUAGCCAGUCUCAUUUGGACUGUGGCGAACCAUUGGCUCGCGAUGUAGAUGAGAAGAUUUUGUUGCAUGGAACGUCCUAUCUCAAUGCCGACUCUAUCGUCAUGCAUGGCUUCGAUCAUCGCACCUGUAUGCGCGGGAUGUACGGAGAUGGGGUUUACUUUGCUGGUGCUGCGUGCAAGAGUCAUCAGUACUCUUGCGGGGUUCACACUGGCAACGCCUCUAGUACAUGCAAGUGUGAGAGGACGUUGAUCAUUGCCCGCGUUGCGCUGGGUGGGGGCCGUAUUGGCUUUGAUGAUGUGGAGCUUCAGAAGGAAAGAUUCGGAUUCCUCCAUCAGUGGUAUCAGGGUUAUUGGAUGCCGCACAAGAAUAGGAACGAUUUCUCCCAGCAUAUCGGACAGAUCUUCGGGUCUAAGCUCAGCGUGAAGGAGGAAGCUCAAAUGGAGUGGACUUACUGCGGACACGGAACCGAACAGGUGAUGAGCCCAAAUGUUGCCACUGGUGCAGCACUUCUGGAAGGUGAGCAGCUGGGCCCGAACUAUGGGGCAGUGGAUGCGACUAGGUAUGAAGCUGGUUUGGCGAAUGGUGUUCGACCGGUCUUCCGGAUCGGACGCGGCGACGUUUUCAGCCGGACUGGGCGCGCGAACGGUGAUGCGAUCGUGGACAACACAGAUGGCAUCUGCGGCAACGGCUGUGAGUCAGAGGAUUCAGUUUCAGUCGAUGUUUGGACAAGGAGGCGUGUGAUGGAUCCAGUCUUGCAGCAUGUGACAAGGGCAUCUCCAGCUCAGCCUUCCAUGACUUCGCAUACGGCAGAGAAUAAUGCUCAAGGAGGUCGUCAAACUUCAGCUCAAGGUGGGGUGUUUCCUCCGACAGUCGCUGAGGCUAUGAACGCCUGGACGGCGAGACCCUCCUUGAUCGCACCUAGCCAGUCUGGGCCGCCUCCGCUCAGAGACGAGAGUUCGACAAGCAGCCUGUCUCCUGAGAGGGUUAUGGAGGAGGUCAAAAGACAAGUUCAGUUGGCAAUGGCAGACAAGGACACAGAGCUCAAAGAGCUCAGGCAUCUUCAAGACUUCAUGGCGGGGAUGAAGGGCAUGAACAAAGGAUUUCCUUGGAAGGGUCAAGUGGAGGAGCAGGCAAUGAACCUGGUCCCAAUCCGCUGGCAUGGACUUCCAAUGUUCUUAGUCCUCAAGAAGAUCCACGCCUUUUAUAUGGGAGUGCUGGAGUAUCAAGCGGCAAUCCUCCUGGCGCAGGAGAACUUCUAA